ACUGCCGACAGUACGUUCAAGAACGUGACGCAGGAAUGGACAUCUCCUCCAGAGGGAUUCAGUGUGCAGGAGCCAUUCUGUUGGUCUGCGGAUGUCUACAUGCCGUGACCAUAACCCCGCUUCCAUACAGAGGUUAUGAAGCAGGGUUCAGACUCCCCAGAGGCAAGGCUACGUUUCUGGACCAGGAAGAAGGGAACAGAAUCCGAAGAGAGAUGACGGCUGAGGACAGAGCUCCUGGUUUCUACGGAGUUAAUGUCUACAGGAGAAUAGGCAAUUCCGAUGAGGGAAACAGAUAUUUCGGCAAUGAAAUUGACAGAGAUUUGUAUUACGAGAGCAGAUCCAGAGAUUAUUAUCCCAAUUACAAUCCUGGAGGAAGUUCCAGUAACAGGAGGGAGUAUGACUGCAGCCAAAGAGGAAGGCCAUACGACAACAGCGGAUACUACGGUCGCGGAGGAUAUGACGACAGAGCACGUCAGGUGUAUGUGUAUAACAGAAAUAGAGGUCGAGGAUAUGAAGAUUGGAACAGAGGAUACCAGCCAGGAUACAGCAGAAGCAGAGGUGGCUUUGUGGGGGUAGACGACAAUGACCCGCUGGGAGCAAAAGGAUAUUAUGGCAGCAACGACAAAGAAGACAGUAUUGGAGAAGGAACGGUUGGGUUCUACGGGAGAAGCAGAAGACCGUAGAAGUGUGUUUGCUCAUGCCAGAGACAGAUCACGAAAGUCAUAAUUGGGCUACUUUAACGUAUUCUUAAUCUUGAUAAACAAUCAUUAAUUUUAUACCUCAAAAUCCUUGUCUCUGUCGAGAUUUCUGAACGAAAGAAAAGAGAGUGGAUCUGCCAAUUGUACUUGCAACAUUACACCUUGAAAAUAUGAAAUGAAAUGUGUACAA